AUGUUGGCCGUAUAUGGACUGGACACUAGGAAGCUGGAUGAAAACAGCAACAGACAUGGUGGAGAAUUAGUCGGUGAAGUUUUAAAGGCUCAUGGUGUCAAAUAUGUUUUUACACUCUGUGGCGGCCACAUAUCCCCAAUUUUAGUGUCAUGUCAAAAUCUAGGAAUCAGAGUUAUUGACACACGACAUGAGGUGACAGCUGUAUUUGCCGCAGACGCAGUUGCCAGGUUAUCAGGAGUUGUUGGUGUGGCAGCUGUUACUGCUGGUCCAGGUCUAACAAAUACAGUGACAGCUGUGAAGAAUGCACAAAUGGCAGAGUCUCCUGUGCUGUUGUUAGGUGGAGCUGCUGCUACACUCCUGAAGGGACGUGGAGCACUACAAGAUAUUGACCAGAUGAGUUUGUUCAAGUCUUUGUGCAAGUACUGUGCUACAGUUACAAGGGUAGCGGACAUUGUACCAAUUCUACAAAAGGCCAUUCAGAUUGCACAGUCUGGAACUCCAGGUCCUGUGUUUGUGGAGUUUCCCAUCGACACCCUUUAUCCCUAUCCACUGGUCAAGAAAGAGUCUGGACUCAAGGAUGAUGCUCGUGGAUUUUCUCAGCGAUUAGUCAAUUGGUAUAUAUCUAACCACCUUCAUGGCUUGUUUGCGGGAGCCUGGGACCCACAACCAAAAGAUCCAUUGCCUGUUGAUAUACCAAUGCCUAUUCAGUCACAGGUUGAUGAAUGUGUCAGACUGGUUUCCAAGUCUACUAGGCCAGUGAUUAUCCUCGGAAGUCAGUCUACAUUGCCUCCAGUGCCAGCCGACAAACUAAGGAAAGCUUUAGAGGAAUUAGGUAUCCCAUGUUUCUUGGGAGGCAUGGCCCGUGGUCUGUUGGGAAGAAAUAGCAAUUUCCAUAUAAGGCAAAGGAGAAGAGAUGCUCUAAAAGAGGCUGAUCUUGUCAUUUUAGCAGGAACAGUUUGUGACUUUAGGCUUUCAUAUGGGAGAGUUUUGAACAGGAAGUCCAAAAUAAUUGCGGUGAAUAGGAACAAGAGUCAACUCUUCAAGAAUUCAGACAUGUUUUGGAGGCCCUCAGUUGCUGUUCAAGGUGAUCCUGCUACCUUGAUGAUUGAACUUUCUAAGGGUCUCAAAGGCUACACCUGUCCAACUGACUGGGUGGACAAACUGAAAGAAAGAGAUAUUGAUAAAGAGAAAGUAAACAGUCUGAAGUCACAGGAAUCUUUAAAACAGCAUCUGAACCCACUGAAGCUUUUAUUCAAUCUGGAGAACAUUAUGUCCAGUGACAGUAUCAUUGUAGCUGAUGGAGGAGACUUUGUAGGCACUGCAGCAUACAUCCUGAGGCCACGAGGUCCAUUGACAUGGCUGGAUCCAGGUGCAUUUGGGACCCUUGGGGUGGGUGGUGGCUUUGCCCUGGGGGCCAAGCUCUGCCGCCCAGAAUCAGAGGUCUGGAUUAUUUAUGGAGAUGGUUCCUUGGGUUACAGUGUAGCAGAGUUUGAUACUUUUACAAGGCACAAGACUCCUGUCAUUGCCCUGGUUGGUAAUGAUGCAUGUUGGUCCCAGAUUGCUCGGGAGCAAGUACCAAUGUUCGGCUCAAGUAUAGGAUGUGACCUGGAGUUCACAGACUAUCACAACGUGGCUGAGGGGUAUGGAGGAAAAGGGUUUCUUCUCAGGGAUUCAUCCACUGGAGAGAUUGACAAAACACUCUCAAAAGCACAAGAAGUCGCCAGAGAUGGCACUGCUGUGCUGAUUAAUGCUCUGAUUGGGAAAACUGACUUCAGACAGGGAUCCAUUUCAGUAUGACAAAUUUCACUAUGAAUUCGGGACAAUUUUACAUCAAAUUAACCAACUAUGAGAAGUAAUUAACAUCUAAUUAAAGUCAAGAAGUAAAUGAUUGUUGAGCCUUAGAUUACACUUUCUAGUGUUUUUACAGGUUUCAUAACACACGUGAGAUGUUGGAAGGACAGCAGAAUACAAUCAAACUUCCACUAAUCGCAACCUCUCUAUAAUGGCAACUUCUCCAUCGUGGCUAAUUUUUUGGUCUUAGCAGGCUGUCCAUACAUUCAUUUAAACCUCUCUACAAUGGCCACCUCUCCGCGACAACUACUUUUCUUCUGUCCUCGAGGUGGCCAUUGUGGAAAGGUUCAACUCUCCAAGUUCAACUUGCCAAAGACAAGUGAUUUACAAAAUAUUCCAAAGUUUCACCAACAUCUCAAUUAGAUUAUUAGAUGCAUUAGCUGACAGAAAGUGUGAUCUAUUGCAACUCAUAAUAUAGCUAUUAAUAAUAGGUUUAUUAGCACAUUGAAUGAUAGUUUUCGACAAUAAGAGCAUGCAUAUUGUCUCAUCCACUUUAUAAUGAUAAAUGACAGUGAAAGGUUGCAGAAACAUUCACAAAUAAAUGCCUGAAAUUUGGUUAGCAUGGUGGUCACUUGAGGUAAUUUCUUUACGAUCAAGGUGAUAUUUUUUUCAGUUUAGCGGGUUUUAUGUGUAAUUUGAGUGAUACUGUUUUCCAGACUCAACUGAUUGAGAAAUAAUUUACAGUUCACAAUUUUAAUGACCUUCCGCUUGGGAAAAGGGAGCAAUGUAUUUUUAUUUUAUGAAAAUAGGCUAUUUUUCUCUAUUUUAAAGAGAAAAAAGGCUCUGCUAGAGCACCCUGUGUAACUAGUUUCAGUUAAAUUUUAAAAUCGUAAUACAAUCACUACAGGAGGGGAAAAUAGCAAAUCUGUGCAUUUAUCCUAAAUAAAUAUUAAGUUGAUCAAAAUAUGGAUGAAAAACAUACAGUUACAUAAUUGAACAUUGUGAAUAUACCUUUAACAAAUACCAGGUACCAUUUAAAAGACAAACUAUACAAAUAAAGGAAACCUUUGAGUGUUUAA